GGACCUGCAGCCGCCACCCCCCCCCCCCAACCCUCCGCCUCCCCAAAAAAAAUUGACAUUUCAACUCAUUUGAAUAUUUAGUAUAAUUCGGGACGUUUUGUUGAAGCAACUUCUGCUGCCGCGUUCAAGAGUUCCUGGAGCGUACGUAUAUGUCGCCAUGGCGAUCAAAGCGGCACUUCCCAAAUACGAGCUGUACUUGUACAACGCUGUGCUGGCCUCGGCCCUGUUCUGGUGCACCUGCUGGGUCUUCGACGCGUCCACGUCAAACACAAACCGAAAAACAUUCAAGUCCAGCGUGAAGCCAGGAUGGCACUACUUUGGCAGGAAAAUGGACACGGCGGACUCCGAGUGGGCCAUGUGGAUUUGGACCUUCCGGGCUCACAUUGUGUUCGCUCUGUCCGGACACGUGCUGUUCGCCAAGCUCUGCUCCAUGCUGGCUCCUCAGUACAGGUCCCUGGUGUAUAUGGCGUAUGGGGUCCUGGCGGUGUGGACCAGCAUGGGCUGGACCUACGUCACCCUCAUCCUGUCCCACUGCAUUCUGCUUUACAGCAUCUCACUGGUCAAGAUACGUUGGCUGUGCUUCGUCACGGGGUUUUGUACGCUGGCCACAUUCAAAUGCGAGCCCUUCCUGUCCUGGCAGACGGGCUUUGUGGCGGGCGACUUCGACCUCCGCCACGUUCUCUUCUACGGCGGCUGCGGCUUCACCAUCAUGCGCUGCAUCAGCUUCGCUCUGGAGAACUGCGAGCGCAAGGACGGCAACUACAGUAUCCUGGAGCUGCUCAAGUACAACUUCUACCUGCCCUUCUUCUACUUCGGCCCCAUCAUGACCUUUGAUAAGUUCUACGUGCAGGCCAAUAAGUCAAACCCGAGCAGGAAGGAGCGAGAGGUCUGGAACAUCAGCGUGCAGGGUUUGACCCACCUGGCUGUGAUCCUGGCUGUGGACGUCCUCUUCCACUUCUUGUACGUCAUCACCAUCCCCGGCGACUUGAAGCUGCUCAGGCACCUCUCGGACUGGGCCCUGGUUGGUGUGGCCUACUUCAACCUGCUGUACGACUGGGUGAAAGCCGCAGUCAUGUUCGGAGUCAUCACCACCGUGUCCAGACUGGACCACCUGGACCCGCCCAAGCGGCCCAAAUGCAUCACAAUGCUCUACGUCUUUGCCGAAACACACUUUGAUCGAGGGAUCAACGACUGGUUGUGCAAGUAUGUGUACAAUCGCCUGGGCGGCAAGCACGAUGACUUGCUGGCGGAGCUGGUGGCCACGCUGUGUACCUACGCCGUCACCGUCCUGUGGCUGGGACCGAGCAAAGUGGUCCUGGUCUGGGCGUUCUUCAACUGCUUCGGCCUCAAUUGUGAGCUGUGGGCCGCCAAGUUCUUCUCCAUGGAGCCAUUUGCGUCUUUCGAGACGGCAAUGUCAGAGGCAAUGUCCCGCCGCAUCCGGGCCGUCUUCUGCAUCUUCAACUUCUGGAGUAUCGUGCUGUACAACACCCUCCUUCUCAACAGUUUCGACUUUGCCAAGUUGGUUGCCAAGCGUCUAUUGCUCAAAGGUUUUCCCAUAACCACCGUGGUCGUCAUGUUCGUGACCUACUGCCUGAUUCAAGUGAUUAAGGAGCGCGAGAGGAGACAGGCCCUCAUCGACGACCCCGAGCCGCUUCCCCCCGCCGUGGUGGACGGAACCCAGCCGUCGGGAGCCCCGACCGCCCCUCCGGCGGACUCGCCGAGUCCACCGCCAGCCACCACUCAACCUGUCGUCGACCCCAGCAAGCAAAAAGCAGAGUAGACGAUCGACUCUUCCGGUCCGGGGCACGCAUCCGGUGUUCCUUUUUCUUGAAUGACGAGUGUGAAAGUUUCUGAAAC